AUGGUCGUGACACGUGUGACGCCUCUACCACUUGAGACGCCUCUACCACUUAAGACGCCUCUACCACUUGAGACGCCUCUACCACUUAAGACGCCUCUACCACUUGAGACGCCUCUACCACUUGAGACGCCUCUACCACUUGAGACGCCUCUACCACUUGAGACGCCUCUACCACUUGAGACGCCUCUACCUCUCAAGACGCCUCUACCACUUGAGACGCCUCUACCACUUGAGACGCCUCUACCACUUGAGACGCCUCUACCACUUGAGACGCCUCUACCACUUGAGACGCCUCUACCUCUUGAGACGCCUCUACCACUUGAGACGCCUCUACCACUCAAGACGCCUCUACCACUCAAGACGCCUCUACCACUCAAGACGCCUCUACCACUUGAGACGCCUCUACCACUUAAGACGCCUCUACCACUCAAGACGCCUCUACCUCUCAAGACGCCUCUACCACUUAAGACGCCUCUACCACUUGAGACGCCUCUACCACUUGAGACGCCUCUACCACUCAAGACGCCUCUACCACUUAAGACGCCUCUACCACUUGAGACGCCUCUACCACUUAAGACGCCUCUACCACUUAAGACGCCUCUACCACUUGAGACGCCUCUACCACUUGAGACGCCUCUACCACUUGAGACGCCUCUACCUCUUAAGACGCCUCUACCACUUAAGACGCCUCUACCACUUAAGACGCCUCUACCACUUGAGACGCCUCUACCACUUAAGACGCCUCUACCACUUAAGACGCCUCUAUACACUACAAGAUUACCAGUCUCAUCAACCAACCGACUAAUCAGGUUGAACCAUCAGAGAUAA